UUCACAUCCUCUUUAGUUAUCACAAAGCUAAAUAUUCCUUCAUUGAUUGCUUCUUGCUCUUUAAUAGGUUACUUAGUAGCCCACUUGGGGGGCUUUAUAUAUUGCUUAGGGUCCCGACAAAGCUUUGCCAUAUUUUGUUCUCCUGAGUCCAGUGUGGUGCUGUGAGCUUGUUCCUCAGAAUGAGAUCGGCUGCUGUGUCUGUGCUCCUCGCCUCCUGCUUUAUCUGGAGCACAAUGGGCGUCAGAGUUUGGGAUGGAGAGCUCAGCUUCACCCUGGAAUCUGUCAAGCUCCUGAAAGAACUGAUGGAUGAUGGCGAUGCUGUGGACAGCAGUCCACAACUACUGAAGAGUGACCCAGUUACUGCCUGUGCCGACCCAAGGCUGCCUGUGGAAUUUCAGUCCGUGUGUCAGGACAAGAGCCCAGGGGCAGUCUUUACUAGGCUGGUGAAUGUGCUGAGAGACCCUUACCUGUGUGAAAUAUGCGUCAAUGUCGCAUGUACUGGAUGCCUGUAGCAUUUCCACCGUGUACCCACUUGGCUGUAAGGUCUUAACAAGCUCGGCCAGGGAGCGUUAGGAGAUUGUGUUAAGCAAAAACAUGCAUCUAAAAGGUCUCACCUCUGUCUUCACUUGAAAUAUGGUUGUGCAAAGGCAGGAUUUCGAACACUGAUUUGAUCCUUUUGAUUUGAUCUUAAAGUUAGAUUUUCAAAGAACUGUAUGUCUUUACAAUCAAAAUAAUAAAUGCAUUUUUUCAUUAAGUAAAAAUGUUGUUUGAUAUAUUCAUAAACUGUUUUUUUAUGUGACUUUAACUGUACUCUUCAGUAAACUUUGGAUAGUAUAAUGAGUUUGCAUAUCAGGACAGUGCCCUCUAGUGGUUCUCAUUCAAUGCCAGUGACAUCAUCUUAAGACUUGAAAAAAUCGAUGUAAUCUCAAAU